GCUCGCCCUGCCCAUGUUUUGUAUGUCUCUGUCCAUCCAGGCUCCUGACGUUCAAGUUCGCAGGGACGUCACGUCCGCACUUGAACUUGCAGCUCAGGGGGGGCUUUUGCCAUUUUUUUCAUCUCUCUCUCUCUCUCCCUCUCUCCCUCUCCCUCUCUCCUUUUUUUUUUUGCCCAAAAAAAAAAAAAAGCCAUGACGGCUCUCCCACAAUUCAUCUUCCCUGCGCCAUCUUUGUAUUAUUUCUAAUUUAUUUUGGAUGUCAAAAGGCACUGAUGAAGAUAUUUUCUCUGGAGUCUCCUUCUUUCUAACCCGGCUCUCCCGAUGUGAACCGAGCUGCAGUUCACCAGCCGCCGCCGCCGCCGCCGCCGCCGCCUCCUACUCCACAACCCACCAUGUCUCGCCGCAAGCAAGGCAAACCCCAGCACUUAAGCAAACGGGAAUUCUCGCCCGAACCUCUUGAAGCCAUUCUUACUGACGAGGAACCAGACCAUGGCACGUUGGGAGCCGCUGAAGGGGACCAUGACCUUCUUACCUGUGGGCAGUGUCAGAUGAACUUCCCUUUGGGGGACAUUCUUAUUUUUAUUGAGCACAAACGGAAACAAUGCAACGGCAGUCUCUGCUUAGACAAGGCUGUGGAUAAGCCACCUUCACCCUCACCGAGUGAGCUGAAAAAAGCAUCCAAUCCUGUGGAGGUUGGCAUCCAGGUCACCCCAGAAGAUGACGAUUGUUUAUCAACGUCAUCUCGAGGAAUUUGCCCCAAACAGGAACAUAUAGCAGAUAAACUUCUCCACUGGAGGGGCCUCUCCUCCCCUCGUUCUGCACAUGGAGCUCUAAUUCCCACACCCGGAAUGAGUGCAGAAUUCGCCCCGCAGGGUAUUUGUAAAGAUGAGCCCAGCAGCUACACAUGUACAACUUGUAAACAGCCAUUCACCAGUGCAUGGUUUCUCUUGCAACACGCACAGAAUACUCACGGAUUAAGAAUCUACUUAGAAAGUGAACACGGAAGCCCCCUGACCCCGCGGGUUGGUAUCCCUUCAGGACUAGGUGCAGAAUGCCCUUCCCAGCCACCUCUCCAUGGGAUUCAUAUUGCAGACAAUAACCCCUUUAACCUGCUCAGAAUACCAGGAUCGGUCUCCAGAGAGGCUUCGGGUCUCGGCGAGGGGCGUUUUCCACCCACCCCCCCUUUGUUUAGUCCUCCACCGAGACAUCACUUGGAUUCCCACCGCAUAGAGCGCCUGGGAGCGGAAGAGAUGACCCUGGCCACCCACCACCCUAGUGCCUUCGACAGGGUGCUGCGGCUGAACCCCAUGGCCAUGGAGCCCCCGGCCAUGGAUUUCUCCAGGAGACUCAGAGAGCUGGCGGGGAACACGUCCAGCCCGCCGCUGUCCCCGGGCCGGCCCAGCCCUAUGCAACGGCUACUGCAACCAUUCCAGCCAGGUAACAAGCCGCCCUUUCUGGCCACGCCCCCCCUCCCUCCUCUGCAGUCCGCCCCUCCUCCCUCCCAGCCCCCGAUUAAGUCCAAGUCCUGUGAGUUUUGCGGCAAGACGUUCAAGUUCCAGAGCAACCUGGUGGUCCACCGCCGAAGCCACACGGGGGAGAAGCCCUACAAAUGCCACCUCUGCGACCACGCGUGCACUCAGGCCAGCAAGCUCAAGCGCCACAUGAAGACCCACAUGCACAAGUCGUCCCCCAUGACGGUCAAGUCGGACGACGGCCUCUCGACGGCCAGCUCCCCCGAGCCCGGGACCAGCGACCUGGUGGGCAGCGCCAGCAGCGCCCUCAAGUCUGUGGUGGCCAAGUUCAAGAGCGAGAACGAGCCCGGCCUGCUCCCGGAGAACGGGGACGAGGAGGACGAGGAGGAGGAAGAGGAGGAGGAAGAGGAGGAGGAAGAGGAAGAGGAGGAGGAGGAGGACCUGACGGAGAGCGAGCGGGCGGACUACGGCUUCGGCCUGAGCCUGGAGGCGGCCCGCCACCACGAGAACAGCUCGCGGGCGGGCGAGGAGAGCCGCUCCCUCCCGGACGUCAUGCAGGGCAUGGUCCUGAGCUCCAUGCAGCACUUCAGCGAGGCCUUCCACCAGGUCCUGGGGGAGAAGCAUAAACGAGGCCACCUGCCCGAGCCCGAGGUCCACAGGGACACUUGCGACGAAGACUCGGUGGCCGGGGAGACGGACCGCCUGGACGAGGGCGCCGUCAACGGGCGGGGCUGCUCCCCGGGCGAGCCGGCCGCCGUGGGCCUGUCCAAAAAGCUGCUGCUGGGCAGCCCCAGCUCCCUGAGCCCCUUCUCCAAGCGCAUCAAGCUCGAGAAGGAGUUCGACCUGCCCGCCGCCGCCAUGCCCAACACCGAGAACGUCUACUCCCAGUGGCUCGCCGGCUACGCCGCCUCCAGACAGCUCAAAGAUCCGUUCCUCAACUUCGGGGAUUCCAGACAAUCGCCUUUCGCCUCCUCCUCGGAGCAUUCGUCGGAGAACGGAAGCUUGCGCUUCUCCACGCCCCCCGGGGAGAUGGACGGAGGGAUCUCAGGCCGCAGCGGCACAGGAAGUGGAGGCAGCACCCCGCAUAUUAGCGGCCCGGGCCCCGGGAGGCCCAGCUCAAAAGAAGGCCGGCGCAGCGACACCUGUGAGUACUGUGGAAAAGUCUUCAAGAACUGUAGCAAUCUCACUGUGCACAGGAGGAGCCACACGGGGGAGAGGCCUUACAAGUGUGAGCUGUGCAACUAUGCCUGCGCCCAGAGUAGCAAACUCACCAGGCACAUGAAAACACAUGGCCAGGUUCUGCACACACCCCCAUUCGGCGUAGUGUCCAGAGAACUCAAGAUGUGUGGCAGUUUUCGGAUGGAAGCUCAAGAGUCCUUAAAUUCUGAGAAAAUAUGAAGCCUUUGGGGUACGCCCGCUGCCUACCCAGCACCAGAAAGUGGUCCGUCAUCUUGCUAGUUUGUGAUGUUUUCUGACAGUAGCCUCCAAGAAGCCGUCGUGUGAAGACCGAAUCCUGCAGGGUCCCUCCUGCCUGGCCCCUGCAGCCCCAUUUUAUUUAUAUUUUUUAAUAAAAACACAUUUGGAACAAUGAAUCAGUCCCAUGUUAGAGAGCUUCUGAACCGCCACUGGUUCCGAGUGGCGGGGAAGGAAGCCUUUUGAAACCAGCCAACUUAAUUACCUGUCCUGUGGAAAAGAGCAUGAGGAAUCCCAACCCGUUGUUUCUAUACAUUAUACGUUGUCUUUUAAAAAGUGUGCUUAACAUUGACACAAUAAAUGUUGGAGCUUUA